AUGACGAAUGACGAGAAAGUGAGAAGCAUUAGAAGCAAAAUAAAGUGUAUGAAAAGCACCAAUGAACAGGGUUUUGACGUGAUAAUAUGGAUGAGAAAACGAUUUCUUCAGUCUGAAGCAUUUGUUAAGAAUCUAAAGAGAAUCAUAGACGCGGGGUUUAUUGAAAAAUGGACGAAUUACUUGAAUCUGCAGGAUAUCAGUCAACGAUUACUUGCCAGAGAGGGAGCUAUUAAGGAUCCAGAAAUAAAAUUUGAGGAAAUCAAGACGAUAUUUGUUCUACUGCUUGUCGGACAUGCCUUAGCUGCUUCCGUACUUAUACUGGAACUAUGGUAUUCGAAGAGAUCCAGGAAAUAUUGA